AAAAUGCAGCAGCAACUGCUCUCUCACCACCCAUCUCAUUAUUUCUCUUUUGCAUUUCUUUCUUUGUUUCUGCAUAGCAUUGCUUUGAGGGGUUUAAUUUUGUGCAUACCUUUGUCUAAUUUCUAAGAGCUCAAUAAGAGAAGAUGGAUGUUCCACGGCCAGCUUUCAAAUGUUUCGAUGACGAUGGCCGGCUUAAACGCUCUGGGACGGUUUGGACCGCGAGUGCGCAUAUUAUAACCGCUGUGAUUGGUUCUGGUGUUCUAUCGCUUGCGUGGGCUAUAGGUCAACUCGGUUGGAUCGCAGGUCCUACAGUGAUGCUCUUGUUCUCUUUUGUCACUUACUACUCUUCGACUCUUCUUAGCGACUGCUACAGAACCGGAGAUCCUGUCUCUGGGAAGAGAAACUAUACUUACAUGGACGCUGUCCGAUCAAUCCUUGGUGGCUUUAGGUUCAAGAUUUGUGGGCUGAUUCAGUAUUUGAAUCUCUUUGGUAUCACGGUCGGGUACACAAUCGCAGCAUCUAUAAGUAUGAUGGCGAUCAAGAGGUCCAACUGUUUCCACGAGAGCGGAGGGAAAAACCCGUGUCACAUGUCGAGCAAUCCAUACAUGAUCAUGUUUGGUGUAACCGAGAUCUUGCUCUCUCAGAUCAAAGAUUUUGACCAGAUUUGGUGGCUCUCCAUAGUUGCCGCGAUCAUGUCCUUCACAUACUCAGCAAUCGGUUUAGCUCUCGGAAUCAUUCAAGUCGCAGCAAAUGGGGUUGUCAAGGGAAGUCUCACCGGAAUUAGCAUCGGGGCAGUGACUCAGACCGAAAAGAUAUGGAGAACAUUUCAAGCACUUGGAGACAUUGCCUUUGCUUAUUCAUACUCUGUUGUUCUUAUAGAAAUUCAGGACACUGUAAGAUCUCCACCGGCAGAAUCAAAAACGAUGAAGAUCGCCACAAGAAUCAGCAUCGCCGUUACAACGACAUUUUACAUGCUAUGUGGUUGUAUGGGCUAUGCAGCCUUUGGAGAUGCAGCACCGGGAAACCUCUUAACCGGUUUUGGUUUCUACAAUCCGUUUUGGCUCCUUGACGUGGCUAACGCUGCCAUAGUAGUCCACCUCGUAGGAGCUUACCAAGUCUUUGCUCAGCCCAUCUUCGCCUUUAUUGAAAAACAAGCUGCCGCUAGGUUUCCUGACAGUGACUUGGUCACCAAGGAAUACGAAAUCCGAAUCCCUGGUAUUAGGUCACCUUACAAAGUCAACGUUUUCAGAGCAGUUUACCGGAGCGGGUUUGUGGUUUUGACCACUGUGAUAUCGAUGCUUAUGCCGUUUUUCAACGACGUCGUGGGGAUUUUAGGAGCGUUAGGGUUUUGGCCUUUGACGGUUUACUUUCCGGUUGAGAUGUAUAUAAGGCAGAGGAAGGUUGAGAGAUGGAGUAUGAAGUGGGUUUGUCUACAGAUGUUGAGCUGUGGUUGUUUGAUGAUCACAUUGGUUGCCGGAGUUGGCUCCAUCGCCGGAGUAAUGCUUGACCUUAAGGUUUACAAGCCGUUCAAGACUACUUACUAAAGAAAAUCAUGAUGAUGAUGAUGAUGAUGAUGAUGAUGAUGAUGAUGAUGAUGAUGAAGAAGGUGUUGGAGGAAAAAACAAAAGAUACAAAUUUGGUUGCUAAUUUUAAUAUAUUUCAUUUGGGGAAAUGUGAAUAAUGUAAAAGUUUCUUCGUUUCGUAUAAUAAUUAUCUUUCGUAAUU